GUUUGCCGAUGCAGUGUAUGCACUGACAGAGAAUGAGUAGAAAUCGCUGGCAGAUUUCCAGGCGUGUGGAUGAAGAAGCAUUGUGGCAGUCUAUACCUUGGAGGUGAUUAUGCUCCCAUUUUGGCUUAACACGUUUAGAUGUGACAAAGGGAGAAUCGUAUGACUGUUGGAGAAGGCAGAGCGAAACAGCAGAGGCCCAGAGGAACACAGAAGGUAACGGAGGGAGUUUCUGAAGACGAACGGAGCCAAGAAAACUGUGUGAGAGGAGCAGAGAGGGAGUGGAGAGAACCACACUGAAGAGAAAAGAGAACCACUGAGAUAUUCAAAGAAGAAGAACGUGGCCAAGCAUGAGAGAGGAGGAGCAGUCUAAUGAUGACCACCCUGAGGGAGGGGUUGUUUCCAGCCAGGAGAACAUGGGUAGACCACCUUCGAAUGCAUGUCCCGUUGUUGUAGCCACACCAGGGGCCACCGGGCGUAAAAGGCAGACCGGCUCACAUCCGGAGGAUCACGUCGCCACAGUUGCUCCUACCACAGUAAGUGAUGAUAGCAAAGUCAAGCCAGGGGACGAGAUCCAUGUCUACACUCCUGGAACCAAGAGAGUUAAGAGGAGUCCUCUGCACCGGCCACCUUCCUCAAGCCCAUCCCUUUCCCCUGUCCCCGGUCCUAGUCCUGGAGACCUCCUAGCCCUCGAGGACCCGCACGGCCAGCGGGUGAUAGCCAACAUCCGGGAGCGUCAGCGGACACAAUCUCUGAAUGAUGCCUUUGCCUCGUUGCGCAAGAUAAUCCCCACACUUCCCUCUGACAAACUGAGCAAGAUCCAGACCCUCAAGCUGGCAUCGCGCUACAUUGACUUCCUGUACCAGGUGUUGGAGAGUGACGAGAUGGACUCUAAACAAGCUGGAUGUAACUACCUUGCACAUGAAAGACUGAGCUACGCCUUCUCUGUGUGGAGAAUGGAGGGGGCCUGGUCGUCCAUGUCCGCGAGUCACUAACCCCGCCUGGAAGAAAGAUUUGACUUUUGACUCCUAAAAACCUUACGCCUAAAACCUCCUCAUGACGGGAGUAUUCUUGCAGACACCUGACAGUGGACUCACAAUAAUAAACUCCUCAACGUAGUUCAUCUGUUUGCCUCAGUGGAAAAGACUAUCUGACACCUCGAUGAGAAGAGAGUUUGGUAGUUUGAAGCCACUACCCUUUGAUGUAAAUGCAGUAACCAUUGUUGUCAGACCAGACAACUGAUGUAAAUAUGAAUUGUUAUCAUUCUAUAGUGUCAGUUUCAGAGAAAUGUACCAAAACAGGGACAUUGUGCUCAGUGUGUGAUUCCUAGCAAUUUUUUGAGGAUUUUUUUUUACGACACUUGUCCUUUGUUUACAUCGAUCACAGGGGAUGACAGGACAGGCAUGUGACAAAAACAGCCGGACAUCAUUCUACAUACAAUCAAUUCAACCAGCUGACGGUUAAGGAUGCCCUUUCCUUAAUGUUGCCUCCACAUGACAGCACGGCUUGUUCCUCCAGGACCCCCCCCCCCCCCCCCCCCCUCCGGACCCCUCAGCUCUUCCUGGAUUUCGAAGCUUGACCUCUGGUUUAAUCCCUAUCUUUUAUCACCCUUAACUGCCAAGGGUCAACAUCACAUCAUCGUCAUAGCUGCUGUAUAAAGUGACUGAAUCUUCCUUGUACAUCUCUACUCCUUGCUACAAUUUCUAGUCAUGUGGAUUUGAUGGCAAUGGAAACCUUUAGGUACCUCAUGUUUGAAUUAAGGAGAGAGACUGUUUAAGAGACUUAAUAAAAGGCAGGAUACAGAUUGACAUCAGGACGUUUCUUUGGACCAGCCAAACAAUCUAAAAGAUGCCAUAUAUCGAGAAGAUAACAACAUUACUGAAGAAGUUGUAGCAUUUUUUGUGUUGUUUUUGUUUCAUACUGUUUUCCCCUAUUCAAUUGUUCAAAGUGAAUUUAUACAAUUCCUGUCACCGAAAAAAACUAAUUUAACCUGCAGUUUAACCAAGACUUCACCUUCAAAUGUUAGUGUGUUCAUCUCCUGUGAAUCAGUUUACAGAGGGUGGCUGUGUGGCUGUGUGUUGCAUUUACUUGAAGACUGUACAGUGUGGUGCUCUAUGUGAAAUGAAUGACACACUUUGACUGAUUAUAAACAUCACAAGCAGAGAAAGGCUUGCAGACCAAUAUGUAGUGAUACAUAAAGGACACAAAAACGUAUUUGUGUAAGAAAA